AUGGCUUUCAACGAGCCCGCGUUGCAGCAUGCGGUCCGCAAGCUUACGGACCCGGCGGCAUCGCUGCUGGAGCGCCGCAAAGCGCUCGAUCACAUCAAGGACAACAUCGAAAUGUUGCACACGGCGCAGUACCCCGGCUUCCUCGCGCUCAUAUUCGAACCGGUGUGCGCCCAGCUGACGGCUACUCAGCCCCAGUUUGAGCGCGACAGCGAGCUGCAGGUGCUGCGCCACGCGGCGCUCGAGGUGCUCAGCCGGCUGCCGGCCAACGACGCGCUCAAGCAGUAUGCCACGCGCAUGUGCGACGUCUGCCUCGCGAUCGUGCGGUCCGACAAUCAGAAGAACGCGGUGCUGGGCGUCAAGGUGUUCCUGGACCUCCACAAGUCAUUCAGGGCGUCGUUCGAGGCCCAGUACAUGGCAUUCGUCGAUUUCGUGGGGCAGGGGAGGCCAGGGGCAGCGGCGGGGACAACCGGCGGCGUCGAGGCGCAGCCGCUGCUCCUCCUUGUGGCUGGUGGCGGCGGGCUAGAGCAAGAUGAGGCGGGGGCGCUGCGCAGCUUCCCGGAGUCGUUCCAGCUGGCGUUCGACGGCGCCGCCCCCUCGCCGCCCCAUGACUUCACGCCAGCAGUGCGCAGCUUCCGGGUGCUGGCGGAGCUGCCACUGACGAUGCUGGGCCUGAUGCAGGUGUACGGCCAGGCCGCCAAGCCGCCCAUGAUCGCGCUGCUGCCGCUCUUCUCGGCGGCCGCGUCCCAGCAGGGCCCGGAGCUAGGCGCGCUGCCCAAGGCGCCGCUGCGCGCGUCGGACGGAGGCGGGCGCGGGGCGGAGGUGAACAUCAGCGGGAGCGGCGCGAUGGCGGUGGGGGGCGCGCCGCGGCCGGAGUUUCUCGCGGCUUACAGCGACCUGAGGACGGCGCAGCGGCAGUCUAAGCGCCUCUCUCGCGAUCUGCAUUUGCACCCGGUUUGA